AAGGAUAAUUAAUUUAGACAAGGGUGAAGCAGAAUAUAAAAUAUGAAAUGUUGGGUAACACCAAUUACUGGUUACAAUAUAGAGCCCAGAUAUCGCGUCAAGUGCGUUGUAGUGGAAAGCGAGCGUAUUUUUAAAGAUAUUACUAUUGCGCCGAGGAACUCUGCUGACUUAUUACCCAUAUAUAAGAAUAAGCGUCAAAAUCUUAUUCGUCAUUAUAUGGAAGGUCCGAAUUUUUAUGAGUUAAAUCGACUAGUUAAUUUCGACACGAAAUGUCGAAGCAUCACGACAAUGCGACCAAAUCGGAAUAGUAAUAUGGAUAUCAAUAUGCUAAUAAGGACUAAAUUAUCAAAAUAUUUCUUAAUAGAAAAAAAUCAUGACGAAGAUAAUUCCUUUCUGAAAACUUUGGAAUGUUCCAAGAUAUAUCGACACCCAGAAAUAAUAAUGAAGCAGGAGAUUGUGGUGUUAUCUUUAAUAAACCAACUAUUAAUAGAUAUUUACGGAUAUUCAAAUAACAGCAAGAAUAGAUUUAAAAAUAAAUCUAUUAAUUCUUUGAGAUUGCGCCAAUAUAGCAGACCAUAUUUACAGAGAAGUCAAUUGGAAUUAAAAUGUACAAGUGAGCUUCAAACUAUAGUAAAAUCAAUAAGUGAGCAUAUAAAUCAUAUCAACGGAUUUUUGAUUCAUCAGCUACUUCGUAGAGAAUAUUUACAAACAAAGCGCAAGGGAUUUUAUAAUGUUGUUACUGCGUACUUACUGGCCCAUAGCAACAAAGAAAGUAAGCACAAACAAAUCAAUUACAUAAAAAACAUUUUCAAAAUAUAAUUUGAGUAUGUAAUUUAA